AUGUCCGCCUUGUUGCGCGAUGCCCCUGUGGGCCAGGUGAUCCGAUUCGUGACAAGGAACAAGUACUUGCAAUACCCAGAGGAGCGAUCCGAUUUCGUGCUGCCGGAAUCCUACCAAUCCCACAAGCUUGGUGCUGCACACCCACCCCAGCAGCCAACUCUCGCCGUGCCGGAGGAUGUUGAGAAGAAGACCGACGACGACUCGGACGAUGCCGAUUCCCACAGCCUGGCCGCAGCCAGAACUGCCGCAGAUGGCGAGUCGCUGGCUCUUUCAGACCGGACGCUGUCCAAGAUCAUGACUCGACCCGAAUUGAGCCAGGUGAACACCCGCGCCGAUCUCGAACAAGCCUAUUCCAACGCCACGCGACAAGAGACCCUGAAGACUCAAGCGAGUCGACCCAUCGCACCCCAAGUCACCUCCGAUGGCACCAUCUUGGUCGACUGGUACGCCACCGACGACCCAGAGAACCCGCAAAACUGGUCCCGGGGUAAGAAGACCAUCGUUGUCCUGCAAAUCUAUCUGUACACGCUUGCCGUCUACAUGGGGUCCGCCAUAUUCACGCCCUCUGAGCCAUUCAUUGUUGAAAAGAUGGGUGUGUCUCCGAACGUCGCUGCGCUCGGCCUGUCCAUGUACGUCCUGGGAUACGGCAUCGGCCCUCUGAUAUUCAGCCCUCUCUCCGAGAUCCCCAUCAUUGGCCGCAAUCCACCGUACAUGGUCACCUUGGGAAUCUUUGUGAUCAUUUCUAUCCCCACCGCCCUCGUCGACAGCUUCCCUGCUCUCGUCGUGCUGCGUUUUCUGCAGGGCUUCUUCGGCAGCCCCUGUCUGGCGACUGGCGGUGCUUCCAUUGGAGAUAUCUUCUCGCUGCUGAAGCUGCCUUACUUUCUCACUGGGUGGGCUGCGUUUGCCACAGCAGGUCCCGCUCUGGGCCCGAUCAUCUCCGGUUUCUCGGUGCCCGCCACCAACUGGCAUUGGUCUCUCUGGGAGAUCCUCUGGCUCGCCGGCCCCGUCUACGUGUCUCUCCUCUUUCUCCUGCCCGAGACUUCUUCCUCCAACAUCCUGCUCCGCCGCGCCGCUCGGCUGCGCAAGCUGACCGGCAACAACAACCUCAAAUCCCAGUCUGAGAUCGACCAGGAGAAUCUGACCGUCAACGAAAUUGUGAUGAGCAACCUCUGGCGACCGGCCCAGAUCAACAUCCUCGACCCUGCCGUCCUCUUUACCAGUCUCUAUAUAUCAUUGAUGUAUUCGAUCUUUUACAGCUUUUUUGAGGUGUUUCCUCUCGUUUACGGCACCGGAAACCCAGGCAAGGCGACACAUGGCUAUGGCAUGAAUGGAGGCCAAAUCGGGCUGAUUUUCCUCUCCAUCUCUGUCGGGGUCAGCAUCGCAAUAGUCACCUACGUCUUGUACCUGUACUUUGUGUUCGAGCCGGAGGUUAAAACCAGAGGCCUUGGAGAACCUGAGAGACGUCUCAUUCCUGCCCUCCCCGCCAGUCUGCUACUGCCUAUCGGGCUGUUCUGGUUUGCAUGGACUGGUAACAGCUCACCCAAAAUCCACUGGAUUGUGCCGACGCUGGGUGUCGUCGUCUUCACUGUUGGGAUCUUCAUCCUCUUCCAGUGUAUCUUCAUCUACAUCCCGUUGACGUACCCACAAUACGCAGCGUCGCUUUUCGCGGGUAACGACUUUGCCCGGUCGUCGAUCGCUGCGGGUGCGAUUCACUUCUCUCGUCCCUUGUUCCACAACUUGGGCGUCGGCAGCGGUGUCAGCUUGCUGGCGGGACUGACUGUGGGCGGCAUCAUCGGCAUCUUUACCUUGUGGAAGUUUGGCGCAAAUUUGAGAGCCAGAUCGAGGUUUGCUGCGAAAUAA